CGCCGCGUGAAGGGAUAGGGGAGAUACUCAGAGCAGGAUUAAUAUUUCAAAGUUCCUGAUAUAAAAUAAAAAGAUGUUUCUCGGCCAAUAUUUCCCGCCACUUGCCUUGGUCGUCUGUUUGUUCGGACGCUGCACGGAAGGAGCGGAAAGACGUCUUAUGGAAACGUGCGACCCCCAGCAGGAUAUCUGCAUUGCUAAGUACUCCAGCUGCGAGGCGUGUGUAGGGAAUGUGAACGGAGUUCCUUUUGGAAUGAUCGAGAAGAAAGGCGGAGUGCUGGAGACGUUGCCGGGUACCAGAGUUUGCUCCUGUUUGCCGGGCUAUUCCGCGGUGAGCAUGGCGUCUUCUACUGCGCUACUCGCCAGACGGAGGUUUGAGUGCGUUCCUGUGGAGGGAAGCACGUGCUUCACCGACGGCGACUGUAACAUCCGGAACUUGGACUGUUUCCCUCUUCUCUCCGUCAUGAAUACCCUGUUCCAGGGCAUCGUCCAGUCCUCGGACUCCAUCUUUCCACCGCCAGGGGUCACUGGCGCCACUUUGACUAUCAUCCAAUUUGUCGCCAACUUCCUGCAACUGAUGACGCAGUUUCUGUGCGGUUUUAAUCGAAUGAAUACCAUAGAUUACAAGUGCAUUUACCAGGCUCCCGCCAAAACCCAUAACAGCUAUUCUAUGGCCAGUCACUACGGGUUUGGAUUCACGAAGGGAACACAACAAGGUUACGCCGGGAUUUGUAAGAGAGUUGAGCGGAACGCCGGAUAUCCAGCACCUAAGGACGUCGGAAAAGGAGCCUUCCAAAGCCACGCUCCAAUCGAGCCAUCUUAUCACGGCGACCCUUACGGCACUCCUUCUUACGGCAGUUUUAAAGCGCCAACUUACAGCAGUUUUAAAGCGCCAACUUACGGCAGUUUUAAAGCGCCAUCCUACGCCAGUUUUAAAGCGCCAUCCUACGGCAGUUUCAAUGCACCAUCUUACGGCAGUUUCAAAGCGCCCUCUUACGGUUUAAAAGCACCAAACCACUACUAUGGACACUCUACCUACUACUGAAGAGCUGGGUGAUUACCGCUUAAUUAUAUUGAAAACAAAUUAACUUUAUAUACAAAUGGGAAAACCGUGAGCAUUAAAAUUUAACGUUGUGUUAGUUCUUAAUAUGAAAAGAAUUUAAUUUUGGUGGUAAUUUCAUUAUUUUUGCCUUAAUCACCAAUUUUUUACACAUCAUUAACCAUUGAAAUUUUACGAUUUAUAAACCAUUUUUUUUUUGCGUUUUAAUUUUCUUUUUGGAGAAUUUUUGGAAUGGAGAUGGGAAGUUGAGCAUUCCAUUCGUAACGGUAAAAAUGAGAAAUGAAGAGGUCUAAAACGGGUUUAUAGAUCGUAAUUUUUUCAGUAGGUUUG